AUGAGUACUACUGUUAUGGAACAAUACACACAACCUCAAGAAGAAGCCACGGACUAUGUGCGGAUUGGGAAACGAUUUGGAUGUGAUAUAGAUGGAUGUGAUAAGAACUUUGCGAGAAGAGAUCAUUUGGAUAGACACAAGCUUAAUCAUAAUCAGAGAAGGCUGAAAUGCUCAAGAUGUGAAUCAGAAUUUGCCAGAAAGGACCUUUUGAGUCGUCAUUUGAAACGUCACGAGCAAAAAGAUGAAGAAGCUGGAGGUAAAGGAAUGGGUAUUUUGUUAACAAGAAAAAGGGUCUGGGAUCCUAAAAUUGGUUACACUUCGAGAAAGAGAAAGAAGGCGGCCGAAUCGAUUUCUCCGAAAACAACAAGUACACCAAACGAUGAAGCAGAGUCAUUGCCUUCAAUCUUACCAUCUCCAAAUGUUGAGUCAGCCGGUACAAAUAAUAAUAGCCUUGAUGAAGAAACAACCUCCCACCCCGUUGCACAUACAAGAUCAUUUUCGUCUAGUUCAGCUGAAAAUAUAUUUGCACACGAAGGUUUCAUUGAUACUGCACAUUCUUUCAAUUUACCAUUCACUACAUUGAAUGAUUAUUCUUGGAUAUUUGAAGAUACGCCUUUUUUGAAAGAAUUCAACUCUUCAGUUCCUUUGGGUUUCCCACUUAUCAAUCAAAAUAAAGAUAUACACGGUUCUGUUUCUCAUAAACUUAGCUCUGCAUGGGUUGAUUCAGCUGAAAAUUACAAUUUUGACUCCGAUUAUUAUGCAGAGCCUAUCAUACCAGUCCUGGAUAAUGAGACUAGAGCAAGAUUAGUCAAGUUUAUCAUCAAAUCAACAGUUCAAGAUGGUGUUUCAUUAUUUAGUGAGAAAGAUGAGAUUCUUCAACCAAAUACCUUACAGGAAUGUGUCACCAGUUAUUUCACCAAAUUUAAUAUCACAUACCCUUUGAUUCACUGCAUCUCUUUCAAUCCAUCUCAAGUCAACAGUUUAUUGUUAGCUAGUAUAAUUUUGAUUGGCGCAAGUUAUGGUUCUAAAAAGGUUCAUCAAUCAGCAGUCAAGAUUCAUGACUGCUUACGCGGUAUCUUAUUCAGCUCUGGUCAUUUCUCACCAUCUCCAGAAUUAUGGGUUUUGCAAGCUUUAUUAUUGAUUGAAGUGUUUGGGAAAAGCAGAGCAGGUUUAAAGCAACAUGAAAUGGCCCAUUUGUUUCAUGGAUUACUUAUUAAUUUGAUUCGUCGAAGUGGGUGUGAAUCAGCUACUACAGAGUGCUAUGGACCAGUAGAUGAGAAUGAUCCAGAGAAGUCAUGGAGAUCGUGGAUCCAUAUGGAGUCUAUGAAAAGAUUAGCACUGAUGACAUUUUUAUGGGACGUUCAACAUGCAACAUUUUUCAGUCAAACUUUAUGUAUGUCUGCAUUUGAAUUGAAAGUUGAUUUACCAUCUGAUUUGAACUUGUGGAAUUCAAGAGACUCCACCGAAUGGCUAGGAUAUAGACGCUCUGAAACCCAUCCAUUACCUUACUUGUCAACACUCAAAAAGUUUUUGAACUGUGCAGAAUCACUUCCAUAUAUCAAUUCAUUAUCAAGAGUAUUGAUACUUCAUGGCCUCAUGGGGAUAGCUUGGGAUAUGCAGAGAAGAGAUCAAACAUCGUUAAAUUUCCAAAUAGACCCUUCACAAUGGAAACUUAAAUUGAAUAAGGCUUAUGAUCAUUGGAAAAAAGAUUUUGAUAAAUUUAGCAGAAGAAUAAUGCUCAAGAUAUCAACCAAUUUUGAAAAUACCACCAACAAGACGUUUUUUGUGAAAUACUUGACUACGAACAACGCAAUGUAUCAUACUGCUGUAUUGUGCCUUUGGACAAAUCUGAUUGAUUUGCAAAUAUUUGCUGGUAGUAAAGUUAUCUUGGGGAUGUCAGUCAAUGAUUCAACUUUUUUGAAAUCUAAAAGACAACUUACUGAAUGGGUUUAUCAGAUAGGUAUUUCAGACAAAGCUGUUAUGAAUGCUGCUCAAUUAUUAAGAUGUGGGCUAACAAACUUGGAAAAUUGGGAAGUUGAUGGUACUUUCCAUUAUCCAUGGUGUUUGUAUUUAGCUGUUUUGACUUGUUGGUGCUUCUUUAAAAUUUUGAAAGAUCAAAGUGGGAACAAGUAUACUGCAAAAGAAGAUACCCCUGCGACUUCCGAUGAUCAAAUCAAGGGAAUAGAUGGUGUAGUUGAACCCAUAAUAAGUGAUACUAAAACUUCUAUGAGAAAGUUUGUGUCGUUAGUUACAAGUGGUACACCUGAUGAAAUAAGAUCAAUGAAGAACAUUUAUUCCAGUGACCUUUCAGGUAUGAUUGAUGAGAUAGGAAGUCAUUUGAUGACAGUUAGAUGGGCUAUCAUAUACGAAGCCUUUAAAGUGUUGAAAGCUUUGAAUGAGGAUGGUGAUGAUGGCAGUAAGUAA